AACACAUCAAAGCUUCCAUCUCUCCUCUGCAUUCCUGCCUAAAUAAAUUAAAAAAAAAAAUCAGGAAGAUGAAAUACAUCAUAGGAAUAGGAGGCGUGACCAAUGGUGGCAAGACCACUUUGACCAAAAGACUUACCAAAACACUGCCAAACUGUUGCGUUGUCCAUCAAGAUGAUUUCUUCAAGCCACAAGAUCAAAUACAAGUUGGGGACGACGGCUUUAAGCAAUGGGAUGUCUUGGCUUCCUUGGAUAUGGACGCUAUGGUGAGCACUGUCCAGGCAUGGAUUGAGAAUCCUGUGAAGUUUGCCCGAUCCCAUGGAGUGAGUGUUUCACGCGGCUCAAAGACACCCAGUUCGGACAAUAUCCACAUACUGGUCAUUGAAGGCUUCCUGCUUUACAACUACAGGCCACUAGUGGAGUUGUUUGACAAACGUUACUACUUAGCAGUUCCAUAUGACGAAUGCAAACGGAGAAGGAGUACACGUAACUAUACAGUUCCCGAUCCACCUGGUCUCUUCGAUGGCCAUGUUUGGCCCAUGUAUCUUAAACACAGGAAGGAAAUGGAGGCCAGCGAAGUUGACGUUGUUUAUCUGGAUGGCCUGAAGUCCAGGGAUGACCUUUAUAUGCAAGUCUUUCAAGAUAUACAGAACAAGCUUUUGAAUAGUUCAUAGGUGAAUAUAUUCCUGAUUGUCUCAGGGAGCAGGAGGAGAAAACGGGGCCUUCCACCUCCAGAAUAAAAUGGCUAACUUUGGUUUUUUUUUGCAAUUUGGAUUUUAAUUUCCUCCUUCUUGUUUUUCAGGAUCUGUGGAAAACAGAGAGAUCCGUGUACAAAUUUGAUGUAAAUACUAUUUUGAAUAUUAACUGGAAUAUGUAGGAUUAAGUAUCAAAGGGUUCAGUCCUAUGCAUGUUUAGACAG